UGUAACGGUUGCCUACGUACGCAAUAGUUUGUGAAAGUAUUUGAAGUUCUGCACAGCAAUCACAGACAUGGGUUUAAUCGCAAGUAGCUCUUAUUUAGUUGUAUUUGCAACAGGUACUUUAGUCGGUGCAUCGACUAUGUUCUUUAUUAAAUUCUUAAAAAGGCAGCCUACAAUAAAGAGAGUUCCCAUGGAGGAAAGAUUUGAGUUUCCAGACUUGAACGAUGAAGUCCGAUUGGUUAUGGGCAUACGUAGCGAUUUGAAAAUGCAAAAAGGCAAAGUUGCUGCACAGUGCGGUCACGCUUCUGUGGCUGCCUAUGAGAAAGCACUCAAAAACGAACCAAUUCUACUGAAGCGCUGGAUGGAAUUCGGCGGUACAAAGAUCACCGUAAAAAUCGAAUCGGAGAAAGACCUGCUCGCGUUAAAUUUGGCAGCUGAAGAAUUGAAUGUAAUGUCAUCAAUUGUGAGGGAUGCUGGACAAACCCAGGUAGCUCCAGGCUCGAGAACAGUAAUUGCUAUUGGUCCUGCACCGAAAAGUGUCUUGGACAAAAUCACUGGACACCUAAAGUUGUAUUAAUCAAAAAAUUUAAUUUAAAAAUAAUAAAGCCUAGUAUAAUUUCAAA